AUGGCGUUCUUCACGACCGAGGACCUCAAGAUCGCCUUCAACUUCUUCUGUACCGUGUACGGCAUUGGUACGCUAGGCCUGCCGUCCAACUUCGCGCGCUCGGGCGCCACGAUCGCCACGAUCGCGCUUAUCUUCAUGGGCUUCGCCAACAUUUGCUCGUGCGUGGCCAUCUCGCGCGUCAUGCUGGCCGCCCCCAAGUCGGUUAAGACCUACGGUGACGUCGGCGAGUGGUGCUGCGGCAAGAUCGGCCGUUACGUCGUCCUCUUCGUCCAGUUCGGUGUUUGCUGCUUGGUGCCGUGCGCGUUCCUGGUGCUCGGUGGUAUCCUGCUCGACGGCAUCUCCCCCGGUGCCUUCGACCAGCAGUACUGGAGUAUCAUCAUGGCCGCCAUGCUGAUGCCUGUGAUCCUCACCCCAACGCUCAAGGAAGGUGCUGCUGCUGCCUUCGCUGGCUGCCUGGGCACGCUCCUGGCCGACGCCAUCGCUCUCGGCGUGCUGGUUAACGGCAUCGGCUCGGACCACCCGUCCGUGAUCAACCCCGACUUCGACUUCGGCCAGGUGGCCAGCUCCUUCGGUAACCUGGCUCUGGCCUACUCCGCCGCCGUACUGGUGCCUGCUCUGCAGCGCGAGCACUCGCAGCCCGAGCGUAUGCCGCGCAUCGUCGCCACCACGAUGGCCUUCACCGCGUGCCUGUUCCUCAUCAUCGGCGAGACCUCGUACGCCUUCGUGGGCUGCCAGAUCCCCGGCAACCUGCUGUUCGCCAUCGGCGGCACGGCGCUGGACCUGAACGCCAACCGCGGUGCUGUUGUGCUGGCUUACCUGUUCAUGCAGCUGCACAUCACCAUCGCCAUGUCCGUGAUCCUGAACCCCGUGCUCUACAUCGCUGAGCGCGGCAUUCUGGGCAUGCACAAGCGUCCGCUCCUCGCUGCUGUCGACGAGGAGUCCCCCGCCUUCGAGGGCAUCAACACGCCGCAGAAGGACCGUGCUUCGGCCAUCGGCGUGACGGGCCCGUCCGUGACGUCGCUUGCUGACGCCGAGUACGACCUGUCUCCGGAGGCGCUGCUCGAUGAGUACCACAACAGCGGCCCCAUCGUGACCGCCAAGUACAUGACGAUCCGUAUCGUUGUUGUGGUGAUCCUCCUCGUCAUCGCCAUCAUUUUCAAGGACCACUUCGUCGACUUCACCGACUUCGUCGGUGCCUGGGCCGUGUCCAUGGCCUGCAUCAUCCUGCCGAUCUUCUUCUACCUCAAGGUGUUCUGGAACCGCACUCCGUGGUACGAGAAGGCUAUUGGUGCCUUCAUCAUCGUUGUCUGCGCCUGCCUCGGCGGCUACGUGACGUACACGACGGGCAAGAACCUCUUCCUCAACAUUGUGAGCGACAAGACGUUCCCGUACUGCCCCUCGGGCUACGACAUGGUAGUGUACACGAACGAGACGUUCUACGGCAACAACUAG